CUACGGGUCCCGGCGUGCCGCGCGGGGCGCGCCGUGCGUGCCGAGCAGGCCGCAGUGCGGGCCGGGGCCGCGGCGAUGCUGGAGGAGGCGGGCGAGGUGCUGGAGUCGGUGCUCAAGGCCUCGUGCCUCCCGCUCAGCGUUCUGCUCUUCGUGCCCGCCGUGCUCCUGCUCCUGGGGCCGCCCCCCGCCGCCGAGGCGGCGCAUGAGUUCACGGUCUACCGCAUGCAGCAGUAUGAGCUGGGCGGGCAGCCCUACGGCACCAGGAGCGCCGUGCUGAACACGGAGGCGCGCACCGUGGAAGCGGACGUGCUGAGCCGCCGCUGCGUCAUGAUGAGGCUGGUGGACUUCUCCUACGAGCAGUACCAGAAGGCUCUGCGCCAGUCAGCCGGGGCUGUGGUGAUCAUCCUGCCACGAUCCAUCUCCUCUGUCCCCCAGGAUGUCGUGAGGCAAUUCAUGGAGAUAGAGCCAGAAAUGCUUGCUAUGGAAACCAUUGUGCCAGUCUACUUCGCAGUGGAGGAUGAGGAGCUGCUGUCUAUCUAUGAACAAACACGGGCUGCUUCUGCAUCACAGGGUUCUGCCUCUGCUGCAGAAGUUCUGCUGCACACAGCAACUGCCAAUGGCUUCCAGAUGGUGACCAGUGGGGCUCAAAGCAAAGCUAUCAAUGACUGGCUCAUCCCCAGUGUGGAGGGAAGGCUGACAGGGCUGGGUGGAGAAGACCUGCCCACUGUUGUGAUAGUUGCCCACUAUGAUUCCUUUGGAGUGGCUCCAUGGCUGUCCCAUGGGGCUGACUCCAAUGGCAGUGGAAUCUCAGUGCUGCUGGAACUGGCCAGGCUGUUCUCUCGGCUCUACACCUACAGAAGGACCCAUGCUGGGUAUAACUUGCUGUUCUUUGCAUCUGGAGGUGGCAAGUUUAAUUAUCAAGGAACUAAGCGGUGGCUGGAGGAUAAUUUGGACCACACUGAUUCCAGCCUUCUGCAGGACAAUGUAGCAUUUGUUCUCUGCCUUGACACUCUGGGCAGAGGCAAUAGCCUUCAUCUUCAUGUCUCAAAGCCUCCCAAGGAGGGCACCCUGCAGCAUGCAUUUCUGAGAGAACUGGAGAUGGUUGUUGCCAGCCAGUUCCCAGAGGUGAAGUUCUCCAUGGUGCACAAGAAGAUCAACCUGGCAGAGGACAUGCUGGCGUGGGAGCACGAGCGCUUCGCCAUCCGGCGCUUGCCGGCGUUCACCAUCUCACACCUGGAGAGCCACCGGGACAGCCUGCGCAACAGCAUCAUGGACAGGAGGGCACGAAUAGACACUAAAGCACUGACCAGGAAUACUCAGAUCAUUGCUGAGGCUUUGACAAGGGUCAUCUACAAUCUAACAGAAAAGGGAGCACCUGCAGAUAUGCAGAUCUUCACAGAUCAGAUGGAAAUCCAGCAGGAGCAACUGGAGUCAGUGAUGGACUGGCUGAGCAGUCAGCCCAGGGCUGCCCAGCUGAUUGAUAAGGACAGCACCUUCCUCAACACCUUAGAAUAUUAUAUGGGACGUUACCUGAAGGAUGUCAAGCAGCACCACGUGAAGGCAGACAAAAGGGACCCUGAGUUUGUUUUCUAUGACCAGCUGAAGCAGGUGAUGAAUGCAUACAGGGUCAAGCCAGCAAUCUUUGACCUGCUCCUGGCUGUCUGUAUUGCAGCCUACCUUGGUGUUGCCUAUGUUGCAGUGCAGCACUUUGGUCUCCUUUACAAGAUGAUACAGAGAUUAUCCCUUAAAACCAAGCAGCAGUGAAGCACCAAGUCCCCCCACCCAGCAGCACUGAGCCAUCGGUGAGCCCAUUGGGAACCUUCUGCCUUCCACUGAACCCUGCUGUUCCUUUUCCUUUGUCUCCUCUCUGCUACUGUAUAGAGGGGAGGAAGGCAUAAAGAAAAUGAAAUUUUAACUCUUGUGCACCUUUGAAGUGCUUUUCUUCACCUUCUUCCCCUGACUUGCACCAUGUCUGGUUUUCCUUUGCAUUUGGGUGAGGGAGAGGCUGAGAGACUUCAGCAAUUCCUGCAGUCUGAUUUUGGGCAGCUUCUCUGAGUGUCACCCAAAGUCCAGCACCUUCAUGGACACUGUCACACAGCCAGCCUGGAAACUGAAACUACAGCCUGACAUGGUAUCUCUGCCCAGCAAACAAGGACUUGGAGCAGUUGUUUAAAAGAAAAAACCAAAAAGUGCACAUGCAAAUUAAAGAGAAUGCAAUUAGCAUGUUUCCUUAUGGCACCUCUUCCUUGAGUUCACUGCCUGGCUUCAGGGAGUCGUGCUGAGCAAGCAGUGUCUGCAGCAAGCACCUUCUUGCAUUUUGUUCAAACUCACCCCCUUUUAGGAGGUGCACUGGGAGUGAUCUUGAGUGUUAUUACCAGGAUGAGGAAAGAUUAAGAUGGGUUUCUGGCAUGAGGGUUCUGCUGGGACAGGUUCUGUCCUGUCUCUCUUGCAGGAUGCAUUUUGCUGUGUACUUGAUUUCUCUGGAGGUUUUUGGUCCUUGAACAGUUCACAGCUGCCACCACUCUGUGCUAAACUCUUGCUUGAUUUUUGAGGGGUGUUCCCUACUCCAGCUGCUGCAGGAUCAUGUUCUGUGCUGCCAUGUACUUACACAAGCUGGUUCUGUUUAUAACGAGAGAAGAGCAGCUCAGACGUGGAAAAUUUAUUGAAAUACUACAAGCCCUAGGCUAGUUGUAGGUCUAGAAGAUAACCCUGAGCACUGUCCUGCCACCCAGCAAGUUUUGAGUCCUUUUCUGUAACCUCUUCUGUGUACAUGAGCUCUCUUCACAUGCCACAGUGACAGUUUUUUAAAAAUUUAAGCUACUACUUGUAAUUAAAGCAGCAUAUCUUACAGAGGCUGAAAAGCUAAUUUGAAUUGAGGUGGACCUUUUUUCUUUUGAAUGCAUGGAAAAUUUCAGCUGUGGAUUCCUGUCUGCACACACCUGCUCUGCACGUGCUUGUCAGAAAAGGGGUUGUUGUGACCAGUCACUGUGCUUUGGAUGGGCACCAAAGCACUGAUUUCCAUCCUCCUUUGUUUAUUUUACUGUAAUCUGCUUCCUGGAGUAGUACCCUUAUCCCAUGAUUUGUCCUUUCUGCUACUUUAAAUAUGUAGCAAUUUGUUCUUUAAAAGGUCUUGUCUUUUCCAGGAAAGCCUGCUGGUGUCAGUGGCUCACCGUGGUGCCAGCAUGGUGCCAAGCACUCCAGAACUAUCAGCCACACUGGGAAAUCUGCCUUUUCCUCAUCUUCUGAGUGCUCAUUUGAAAUGUGUCUCUCUGCAUGCAUGAAGUGCUCAUGGCACUCCUCUGCCAAAUGAAUUUAUAAUGACUGCAGAAGUUGCUGGAGUGGCUGAAAGGCAAGCCUUGAUUGUUUUCCACUGGUUUUUAUGCUCUGCCCUUAGAGACUGCAUCUGCUGUGCCCUGGGGAGCUGCAUGCCCUGGGCUGGCUAGGUUUAGAACAUGCAUGGUACAGUGGCUCUCUGAAGAACUCUGCAGGCUCUGAGUAUCUGGGAGUAGUUUGAGUCCUCCAGCUGCAGCAUCCAUUUCUGGUGUGUUACACUUCAGGAGGUGGUGUUCCCUCCAGUCUAGCAGAUUAUUUCACCAGUCUUAAUCAUUAACUCCAUUACUUUGCUGAGAAAAAUAGGAAAAGAAUAUUAGCAAUGCUGUUGCAGCUUGAGUUGAUGUGUGUAAAAUUUGGCAGUAGUGGGCAAGAGUGAACAGAACAGACCUGGAGCUUGUUCCUUGCUGUGGAAACUGUCAGCCUUCAGUCUUCCAGAUGAGCAGCUCAAAGUUCAGAAUCAAAAACUUCCACCCAGUCUGUUUGCAGAGGCUGUAGCACAAAGAAACACCUUAGCUCUGUGUGGUCUCAGCAGUGAACUGUUAACACUCCUGAUGCAGUGCCAGAAGCCAGUGGAAACAACCUAAAAUAAAGAUGGGUAAGAUCAAUGAGGAGAGUUCAUAAACCUGAGGGGCAGUUGGGAUGGCACAUUGCUCUCUCCCACACAAUGGUAGUUUGUCCUGUAAUCCUUUUGUGUCUCUCUCCCUGGCUGCCAUAAAAAGUAGUUUUUACAACAGAUAAAAGAGUUUUUGCUUUUGAUCAAAGUGCACGUGCACUGAAACAUAAAUGCUCAAAUCUGAGCUAGUCAAAUCCCAACUUCCUCGUAGCUGGAGCAGUGUGGCCAUCCUGGGAUUGAAUUUAAAUCCCAACUUCCUCAUAGUUGGAGCAGAGUGCCCAUCCUGGGAUUGAACUUAGUUCCCACAUUGUUGUUUCCUUAGGUAAGUCAACAGAGAAGCUUGCAAAGAGCCCCUGGAGCUGAUCUGCACUGCAGCAUAACUGAUCAAUUCAGCCACCAACACAAAGGCAGAAAUGCAGUGAUAAAAUAAAAGUUCUCCACAAUGUUCCAGAAGAGCUGUGUAGCUGAUUCUUAUUGCCCUUAUUUUUACCUAUCCUCUUUUUCUGAGGAGUUUGCCUGGCCUGUAGGGAAGAGCAUGGAAAGCAUUAUAUCCACAUCCACACAAGUGGCUAGCAGUUGGUACUUCUAGCCAGAAAUCCAUUUUCUUUGCUAUUUAUCUGACUUCAGCUGUUGUCCUGGUGCUGUCAGAGUCUGCAGCUCACAAAGAACUGGUUUUCCAUCAGGGUUUAACUGAAACUGUUAAUUCCUUCUGCCCACUUCCACCUGCAUGGACAUUAUUGGGAAUUGUUUGGGAGUAAUUUGGAUUAUUGUAGUUCAUCUCCCAGAUGAGAGGGGUUGGUUUAUUAUUGGGAGAGAAGUAAUGCUGUGCAAUAUGAACUCUACUCAGUGCAGAGAAAAUCCUGAAGCCAGAAUGGAAUUAGGUCUCCCACUAUCUGUGGCUGAAAGUCACCACAAUCUAUUUAGACACUCAAAACCACAGCUAUACCCAAAAUUGCUGUGGGGCUUGGUUUUGAGGGUGUUUUGUUUGUUUUAAAUCUCAUGCUCUUACAUUGUUCAUGGCCCAAGCCCAAAUCCCAGGCUGCUCCUGCACCCCGUGUUUAAGCUGGGUUUCACAUUUCAUUUGGUCUUGACUCGCCAAUCUGAAAUGCUGGGGCUGCUCCUGGAUGUCUCAGAAAAUUGGGCCUCUGGGUACUUGACUGUAGACUCCUGCUUGCUCACUUUAAUCUGUUUAGUUUCUAUUUGUAGUUACUGCAUAGCAACUCCAAGGUUAUAAUCUGGAAUAUUUGCAGCUCAGGAAAAUGAUUUGAUUUAUCUAGCAAUGUUAACUCAAUUAUUUAUCUCUUGUGUGCCCUGAAGAACAAAUGUAUAUUGAGGUGAAUAUUUAAAAGCUAAUAGAAAAUUCAAUGCAGUUGAUUUACAUAUUUUAGGACUGUAAAUGUAAUAAUAUUUAAGUAUUUUAACUUCGGGUUUUUUAUUUGUUUGUCCCUUUUUCCCUUGGAAAAUAAACCAAGUGAAUAGGUUUGAUGCAUAGAUUUGUCAGAGAUCUAUUUGCUCACAAAAAUGGAAUCUCCUUGCAUUAUUUAGAGGAAUAGACACCUCUACAAAAUGGGAGAAAAUCUAUGUAUUUAAAAGCUUCAUCCAGUCUAGUCAAAGUGUAAAAUAGUGACAGAAAACAUUUACACACUCCAAGCAUGAUUCCAGCACCUUGAGGUGAGCAAAUUCCUGUUUAUUCCGAAGGUUUGUGCUCAUGUGAAGCAAUUAAAGAUUCUAUGCAAAACA